AUGGGCGCGCGCCUUUCACGUUCAGAUUUCCAAUGGGUCUAUACGGAUGAACCACAUACAACACGACGAAAAGAAAUGCUUCAAAAAUAUCCACAAAUCAAACAAUUAAUGGGUCACGAUUGGCGUAUCGCCGCUCAAGUUGUUGUCACCGUUUUAAUUCAACUAAUCAUGGCAGUUCUAGUACGAGAUCUACAAUGGAAAUACGUUUGGCUUUUCACUUAUGUCAUCAGUGGUACACUAAAUCAUUCUUUAUCCAUAAGCUUUCAUGAGAUUGGCCAUAAUUUAGCUUUUGGAAAUCAUCGACCGUUAGCGAAUCGAAUUCUCGGUUAUAUCGCCAAUUUGCCAUUAUGCAUUCCAUCAUCUGUAACGUUCAAGAAGUAUCACAUCGAUCAUCAUAAAUUUCAGGGCGACGAUCUCUUAGAUCCUGACUUACCAACAUAUUUCGAAGCAUGGUUGUUUCAAUCACGUAUUGGUAAAGUCAUUUAUAUUGCUGCCCAACCAUUACUUUAUGGUGUUCGACCAUUAUUACGUGUACCCAAACCAUUAACAUUACUUGAAGUUGUAAAUCUUAUUAUUGAGUUUGUAUUUGAUGGCUUGGUGAUGUAUUUCCUUGGAAGAAAAUCAUUUGUUUACUUAUUCUUCGGUACAGUGCUUGGCCUAGGACUUCAUCCAAUAUCUGGACAUUUUAUAUCUGAGCACUAUAUCUUCGUUGAAGGCUACGAAACAUACUCAUACUAUGGUCCUAUGAACUAUAUAACUUACAAUGUCGGUUAUCAUAAUGAACAUCAUGACUUUCCCAACAUUCCAGGCUAUUUAUUACCAAAAUUAAAGAAAAUUGCACCAGAUUAUUAUGAUAAUUUGCCAUGUCAUACUUCCUGGAUAAAAGUUAUAAUCGACUUCGUUCGUAAUCCGGACUUAGGACCCAAAUCCCGUAUACGUCGUACGAUGCGUUCGGAUGCGUUGAGAGCAAAUAAUGCAAUCGAUUUCAAGAGCAAAACAAAAAUCAAUGAAGUUUUACACGACAUCGACAAUAAUAACAAUCAUCAAACACCACAUUUAUCAAAAGAAGAAAGAAUUUUAAAUUACAAGAAGAAAAUUUCUGGGAAAAUGUCGGACAGCUCAUCAACCGUAGAACAUAUGAAUAACGAACAUUCAAAACAGGAAUGA